CGUUCCUUAUCUCUAUCAGAGUACACCAUGGAAACGAAUAGCAGUAUAGCACAUGGCGGCGAGAACAGCCAUUCACCACUGGGAAUGCUUCUCCGCGUGCGAUAUGUCGGCCACUGACGUUUUCGAAUCGAGUCUUUGUUUGUUGGUUCCUACAGCUCCAGGUAGACCCUAGGCUGAGCGUAUAUAUAACAGCUGUCUGCUCUCACGUUGGCCUGCCAUCUCCUUGACAACUAUCUUGCUCCAGUUAACUUCACGGGCUCAACUUCUUCUUCCCAACCCAACAUCGCAUUACCUCAAUUCACAAUGUCUGAGCCCGAGUUUGAGCAGGCCCGCAAGGAGCUCGUCUCCACCCUCGAGUCCUCAUCCCUCUUCCAGAAGAACCCCGAGUACAAGAAGGCCCUCGAGGUUGCCUCCGUCCCCGAGCGCAUCAUCCAGUUCCGUGUUGUGUGGGAGAACGACAAGGGCGAGUGCCAGGUCAACAAGGGUUACCGUGUGCAAUUCAACUCUGCUCUCGGUCCCUACAAGGGCGGUCUCCGUUUCCACCCCACUGUCAACCUUUCCAUCCUCAAGUUCUUGGGUUUCGAGCAGAUCUUCAAGAAUGCUCUUACCGGCCUUAACAUGGGUGGUGGCAAGGGUGGUGCCGACUUCGACCCCAAGGGCAAGUCUGACAACGAGAUCCGCAAGUUCUGCGUUGCUUUCAUGAGGGAGCUAAACAAGCACAUCGGCGCCGACACAGACGUUCCCGCGGGCGACAUCGGCGUUGGUGGACGUGAGAUUGGAUAUCUCUUUGGCACAUACAGGGCUGAGCGCAACCGCUGGGAGGGUGUCCUCACCGGCAAGGGUGGUUCAUGGGGAGGAUCUUUGAUCCGUCCUGAGGCCACCGGUUACGGUCUCGUCUACUACGUCGAGCACAUGAUCACAUACGCCAGCGGUGGUAACGAGUCGUUCAAGGGCAAGCGCGUUGCUCUGUCCGGAUCCGGCAACGUUGCUCAAUACGCUGCUCUCAAGAUCAUCGAGCUCGGCGGUACCGUCGUUUCUCUGUCCGACUCCAAGGGUGCUCUCAUCGCUGAAGGCGAGAAGGGCUUCUCCCCUGACGACAUUGAGAAGAUCGCUACCCUCAAGCUCCAGCGCAAGGCUCUCUCAGCUCUCGAGAACCACAGCUUCAAGUAUGUCGAGGGUGCCCGCCCCUGGAAGGAGGUUGGCAAGGUCGACAUUGCUCUUCCUUCAGCGACCCAGAACGAGGUCUCCGAGGACGAGGCCAAGGCUCUCAUCGAGGCUGGCGCCAAGUUUAUCGCCGAGGGUUCCAACAUGGGUUGCACCCAGGAGGCCAUCGAUGUCUUCGAGGCUCACCGCAAAGAGAAGAAGGGCGAGGCCAUCUGGUACGCACCCGGAAAGGCCGCCAACGCUGGUGGUGUCGCCGUCUCUGGUCUUGAGAUGGCCCAGAACUCUCAGCGUCUAUCCUGGACUUCUGAGGAGGUUGACAGCAAGCUCAAGAAGAUCAUGAAGGACUGUUUCGAUAACUGCCUCGAGACCGCCAAGGAGUACAUCACCCCCGCUGAUGGCGAGUUCCCAUCUCUCGUCGGUGGUGCCAACGUUGCUGGUUUCCGCAAGGUUGCUGCUGCCAUGCACGACCAGGGUGACUGGUGGUGAACAGCUCGCUGUUGAACGGCGCUGUUCUUGUACAUGAUACCUAUGAUUCCUUCACUUUGGGCAUGGCGUUUGGCAUAUGGGACGUAUCACAUAGAUACUAGAUACCUUUGAUGAAUAAAUUGAUACCACGCUACAACAGCUUCAUCUCAUUCCUCGAUACUUAUUUUUUGUCAUUGUUGUACAGCACGGUCACA